AUGGAUGACCUUCCGGAGUGCAUGCGCAAACGACCCAGACGUCAAUCUCUGUAUCAGGGUGAGGCUAGGGAGGUGUCAACUGAUGGCGAUUACUCUACUCUUAGGGAAUCAAGAUUGAAAAGAGCGAAACUUAAACCCCUUGACGAUGUAGAAGAUGACGAUGACGACGACGACGAAAAUCCAGUUGUCAGUUCAUUUGAUCAUGUCCAAUCUUCACCGGAUGAUGACGAAUACGCAAAAAAUCUGUUUCGAACGAUUGAAAAUGGAAAUAUUUCUGAAAUAUUGGAAUUAAUUAAUCAAGCUGAUCUCUAUUUAUUUACAUGCGUCACUUCCGUUGGGAUUAUGAAAGAUAUGAACGUACUGCAUUGCGCAUUGCAUCAUAAAAGAUUCGAUGUCGCCAAAAUACUUAUCGAGAAAGCUGGGGCGGUCCUUGCCAGUCAAACGUUUUCUCUGCCUGGAUCCACUUGCACGGCUUUGCACCAAAUCACAGAGAACAACGCUAUUGACUUGGCUAAAUUGAUACUUAAAGCUAAAUCAAAGGAAGAACAGCACCGUAUGAUAAAGGAAGAGCAAGUAAAAGAAAUCCAAAAUCAGAGGUCAAGGUCGUUUUCAUGUUUUCAUCUCGCUGCUUUUUAUGGUUACACAGAACUUGUUCGUUUGUAUCUCAGUACGGGUAUAGACGUGAAUAUGCUAAAUAGUAAGAAUGAUUCAGCAAUAUUAUGGGCGUCAAGAUGGGGGCAUGACGAUACAGUUUCUCUCCUUCUGGAUAACAAUGCAGAUGCAAACAUUGAGAACGACAAGAAAUCGACAGCUCUCCAUUGGGCAGUUCGUUACCAACAGUCAUCCACAGUCAAAUUAUUACUGAAGAAAGGAAACGUUAAUCCGAAUCAUAUCCGCUCAAUGGGAUUGGUUGCGCCCCUUGUUCUCUCUUCGGCUAUUGGAAACAACAGAAUAGUUAAAACACUAUUAUCGCAAGGCGCUGACGUGAAUAUCGUGAUUCGCGGAGGAGAAUGCGCCCUACACCACGCGGCCAAAGAGGGUCAUAUCAAAGUCGUGAAAACUCUUCUUAGAUAUGGAGCCAAUAUUAACAAACAAGACGAGAAGGGCGACAUGGCAAUCAACCUAGCCUCCCAAAAAGGGCACGCUGAUAUCGUUAACAUACUUCUCACGAAGGGCGCCAAUAUGUUCCACAAUAACGAUGUUGGAGAGGACUGUUGGGACAAUGCAAUACAACAAGAAGCUAAUGGCGUCCUUCAAGUACUUGCCAAGCAUUACAAGGCUGCGAAAAGUAACAUGGAUUUAUCUUGUGUUCCGCCAAUAUGCGUUGCUGCCCGUUUAGGUCGGAACCGGAAAAUCAAGGCGCUCCUUCAAAUGAAGUUAGAUCCUGAAGAAGUAGAUUUUGAUGGAAACACAUGUCUUCACUACGCCGCUAUGUACAACAGAGCUGAGGUUAUACGCGAAUUCGGCAAUGAACUAGAUGUAGACAAGCAAAACAAAAAGAAGGAAACGGCUCUACACAUAGCAUGUGUAAAGGGAACCCAAGAAGCAGCAUUUGCUCUAAUGGAUAUGAAAGCGAAGGCUAACAUUAGAAAUUUGUUAGGAGAAACAGCACUGCAUGUGGUCGGUUAUUCUAGUAACUCUACCCCAAAAAUUGCACGAGCGGUUUUGUCACACACCAUCAAAAUACAUGAUUGGGUUAGUGUAAAUUGCACAGAUGACGCAGGCAACAACGCUCUUCAUUUGGCAGGGAAAUUCGCAAGUCCUGAUGUUUUAUGGGAGUUUCGAUUUGUACGUUUUAAAGACACUGACAUUGAUGGCAACACUCCACUGCAUGAGGCCGUGCGACCCGGAUGCGAAGAAGCUUUACACACUGCUCUGGAUAUUUACGAGAGUAUGCAGAGAGAUGCCGAUAUCAACCACCAUAACAAUAAAGGCGAGACCGUCCUUCAUCUGGCAGCAUCUGCUGGUUUCUCAGAUUGCGUAACGAGACUAAUUUUUUAUGGAGCUGAUCUUACACGCAAGGACAAUCGCGGUAACACUGUCUUGCAUCGAUUAGUCAGAGCAAUAGUUGAAGAUAGUAGCAAUACUGCGCUUUACAUGAAUGUUGUCGAUACCAUUUUGCAAGAAGCUGCACGAUGGUCUUGCAAUGUAAAUAAUGAAAGAUUUCCAAGUGAAAACAAAACUUACUUUCAGCAAGUUCAGCGAAAAGCUAUCCUUGCGCUAGUUAAUGACUUCAAGAACGACAGCAUGCUUUCUGUUCUUGGUUUCGCAUCCAAGAGAGGUUGUGAUGUUUUCCUGAAACGGAUAGUGACCAUGCCAGAGGUCAUGUAUUUUGAAAGAAAUGGAACUGUUUAUUAUGACAUAACACAUUUGACGCCUAUGACCAAUGGAUCAAACAAAAGAUGUUGCGGUGAAGCAAGAGUUCAACAUUCUGUUUCUCUUAUUGAAUUACUAGUCACCACUGAUGCUACCCACCACGCCUCAAAAGUGUUGAACUUACCACCUUUCAGAAAAAUCGAAAUGAUGUACACAUCGACUGUAGCAUGGGCUUACGCUUUCCUUAUGUUUCUACAUGUCGCGUACAUGAGUGCAUUCACUUUCCUUGGCAUUCAGAUGUCUGCCCAAUUUCGAAGUUUGAGAAAUGGCACAUCUAUCGAAAACACGGAUUCGCUCUUGAUUGCUACUUACGUGAUUGUACCUUUAGAACCGUUGAUAUUUCUGAUAAAUUGCAUUAUAGUGUUGGCGGUCAUGGUUUGUAGAAGGAAAAUUUCGUCAUCCGAGUCAUUCACUAUACUUGCGGUAAACCUCACAUUUGCCAUUUUGACUCUCACUUGGCUGCUUCUAGUUGGCAUGCGUGAGGCGUAUCAUGAUUACGUUCUCUCCGUUAGUCUGUGCAUAGGAUGGCUCUAUUCGAUCUCGUUUACUCGUGGAUUCAAACAGAUCCAUUAUUUCUGGAAAAUGCUCCUAAGCAUGCUAACGAGAGACGUACUUCGGUUCAUACUUGUUUUCUUAUUUGUUUUGAUGGCUUUUAGCUUUGCAUUCCACGUUCUUUUCCAAGUCUCUACAGAAAUUGUUGAUAUGUAUACGUACCCAUUUGACACUAUGUUUCUCGUGUUUAACACGAUGGUAGGGAUGUCGGAUAUUUUCACUGAUCCUUUUGAUGCUGCGCUGAUAUCUUUAGGACGAACAUCAACUUUCCCAAAGAUCAUGUACGUUGUAUACAUUGUGUUUUCAACAAUCAUCCUCCUGAACCUGCUGAUUGCCAUGAUGAACGAUUCCUAUUCAAACAUUUUAGAUAAUCAGCAGGUCUUGUGGCGUGUUGAUUCAAUUAAAAUAGGCAUCAGUGUCGAAAACCUACUGCCACAAUUUCCUAAAUACUUUGGAAAAGUAAACAUCCGCCAUUGUAAAAUAACAGGAUAUAACGACCCUGUAGGUGAGAGAUGGUAUCUGAUCAUGUCAAAGGAAGAAAUCAAACUUCUCUGUGAGGGAUAUUCUACAUCUCGUGAAACACAUCCACUCGGAGGUGUACUUGAAGAACAAUAUCAUCGCAUGGAAAAACGUGUUGACAAGAUUGAAAAAGUUACGACGGAAAAUUUCGCAAAAAUGUUUGCUUUACUGGACAAAAUGUCUAAAGAAAUCGGAGAUCAAUAA